AUGAAUUUGUCUGGGGAAUCAACAAUUAAUUUAGAGAGCAGAAGAUCAAGAAACAAAACAGAAACUAAGUGCAAAUCACAAAGUCCUCAAAUAAAGCCUUAAUUUACUAAAUAUUAAUAACAGCAUAAGAAAAGCAGAACCAAGGAAAAAUUGUCUCAGAAUUCUGAGCAGCUCCCUAUUUUAUCAAGAAAACUAAAUCUUAAAUCUAUUAGCUUUACAAAAAAAAGAAGUCAAUUUAAGCCUGCUUCUUAAGAUUUAUUUUUAAAAGUAAUUGUUUUUAAUAAAAUAGUAUUAUAUUGGCUGGGGUAACAAUGAAGCAUUAGUGAAACGAAUUAUGUCAAAAAGAUUGUAAUGGAAAGAGACAAAUGACUCAAGUUCAAUGCUUGUAAAUUUUAAAUGGCAACAAAGUGAAAGAGGUUACAGAUAUGAAAGACUAAUAGUAAGUUAAAAUUAUAAGUAACUUGUCAAUCAUUUUGAACAUCACAAAGAAAUAUCUAACAAAUCUUAUCUGAUUAAAAAUUUGUCUCAAUAUUGUGAAGUAAUACUUAAUAAUAACGAUAGAAACAUAAAUUGAAUGUUUUUGAUUAUACUCCAUUAACAUUUGUGAUUGAUUUUAGUGAUGAAAAUUGCGAUUACAAUAUAACAUAGUUCCUGAAAACCUAUGAGUAAUUUGCUCCAAAAAAACCUUCAUCUAAAUAAAUGUUAGAUGUUAAAAGGAGAUUGAGAGGAAAUUUUUGUUGUGCCUAUCGAGGAGAACUGAUGUCUCAAUUCACUAAAAUCUAAUUAAACAAUACUUUCUUAUCAGAGGAAUCUACCUAUAUGUGGCUAUUGAAGCCGACAUUUUUAAAUAGAGGAAGAGGAAUCUAAAUUUUUGACAAUCUAGAGACUUUAGUCAAAUUGGUAUCUGACUUUCAAGAAGGUUUAAAGGAGAAGGCAUUAAAUUAAAAAGAAGAAUCAUCAGGAGAAGACGAUACUCCAAAAUAGGUUCAGAGUGCCUAAAUCACAAAAAAAGAACCGAAUUAAUAAAUCAAGUAAUAGUCAUCCGGACAAUGUAUAAUUAAAUCUCAUUCCUUUGUUAUUCAAAAGUAUAUUGAAAGACCUGCAUUAAUUAAUAAGAGAAAGUUUGAUAUCAGAGUUUGGGGUUUGAUAACUCAUGAAUUAGAUGCUUACUUCUUUUAAGAAGGGUAUAUACGAACAUCCUCUGAAGAUUUCACAUACAAUAUUGAAAAUACAUUUGUCCAUUUAACAAAUAAUGCUAUCUAAAAGUAUUCUCAAAACUAUGGGUAAUUUGAAGAUGGAAAUCAGUUAUCUUUUAAAAACUAUUAGGAUUAUUUGCAAUCACAAAAGAUUAAUUGCAACGUUUAAGAUGUAUUUUUAGAUAUAUUAUCUAGUUAAUUAAUAAAAUGAAGGAAAGAAUUUGGAUGGUUUUUAAUUCAGUAAAGAAUAAAAUAAACUUUGAAGAUAGAAAAUACUGUUUUGAAAUAUUUGGAUUUGAUUUUAUCUUAGAUGCUGAUUAAGAAGUCUGGUUAAUAGAAGUCAAUACAAACCCAUGUAUAGAAGAAUCAAGUCCAUUGUUAAAAAUGUAUAUUCCUAGAAUGCUUGAUGAUGCAUUUAAACUAACUCUUGAUGUUUUAUUCCCACCUCCAAAUUCUCACAAAUAAUCACUUCCAUAAAUUUGUAUAAUUAAUAUCUCAUAUAAGUUUAAUUGCCUUAAAUUAAGGAGGAGUAGCACUCUGACUAUCCGGUAGUUGGCUACUCUAAUGAUGAAAAUAUGUGGAUGUUGUUGGGUUCAUUAAAUGAUAGAAAAAUUAAAAAGAAAAAAUGA